AUGUCAUUGCCACUUUCUCAAUUACAGAAUCAUCAGCAGCAGGCUAACCAGCUAGUCGGCGAAAACGCAUUUGGCCAGUUUGAUGCCUCCAACAGCAUAGGAAUGAAUCAGCAGGUUAUGUCGACCGGAACUAUGGGGAUGGGCCAGCGUCUAGCUGGGACCCCCGGUGGUGGGGUUCCUCAUCGAGAGCUCUAUCGUAAGACUCGCAUGUGCAAGUACUUUCUCCAGGGGUAUUGUGUCCAUGGGGACCAAUGCGACCAUGCUCACGAUGUUAGUGAGCUGAGGCACCUGCCAGACAUGCGCUCGGGGGGAUACGCCCAUGGUGGUAACGGUAGGCAAAUGCUGGAUACGGCACCGACGUCGCCUGGCUCUACCGAAUCUCACCCUAAUGGGACUGGCGAUGCGGGCUCUUCUCACGAGCGCGAGGUUUUCAGAAAGACGCGAAUGUGCAAGUACUUCCAGCAGGGGUAUUGUGUCCAUGGUUCGGACUGUAAUUACGCCCACGACUGGAGUGAGAUAAGGCAUAUUCCCGGUCUCCAUACGGGCAAAGCUAAUGAGUACUCUGAUGUCGACUUUAAGGAGGCUCAAUUUAUGAAUGCGCCUGCUGGUGGUGGCCAGAAGGUUCAGUACACUGGCGACUCUGCUGCUGCUACUAACGCUGCUGUCUUGGCGGCUCUGAGUAACACUGCUGCUGCUUUGAACCAGAAUCCGAGUCUCUUGGUAACUGCGCCCGACUCGUCCCCCAGCCUGCUGACAUCCCAGAAGGCUAUGAGCAAUACUAUGACGGCAGAUGACUUCCUCGAGCAAGCCCAGCUAUUGGAUCAGAUCGCUAAGGCAUUAGAACAGCUCAAUGGCAGUGCUGAUAGCAGUGCUUUCACAGCGGGAGACGAAGUCAGGCUCAGACUUCGGUCCUAUACUGGCGGUCAGGAUAUGAUUGCUGCGCUGGUCGAUGAGCCUCCGGACAACUUCCCCAGCAUCACGGAUUCGUUCCCGACGAUUCCAGCCCCUAGUCUUGACGCGGACGCUCCUGCAUUUGUGCCACAGCAACCACAGUCGGCGCUUACGUCACCAUCAGCAUCAUCAACGAAUAUGAAUAGCCACUACACGAAAUCAUCUGCUGGUACUUUGUUGGUACCUCCGAGCAACGAGCCGGCAUCUGAGAGUCGUCAGUCUCGCCCUCGUGGGCUGAGUGGUUGGAAGCCCUUGGAGUCUAUCGAUAACAGCGAGUCGAGGUCUCGGACUUUGAGCCAAAUUGCUACAAUUUUAGAAGCAAGAAGAAGACUGCCUAGUUUCAGCCCUCCGCCGUCCCCCCCUGCGACAACACAGUCUUCGUCUGAGUUUGGUGCUGCUGUUGGGUCGCCAACACAUCUAAACGACAUUGGAUCGUAUUCCCAAAUGGCCGGUGCUGUCAAUACCAAUGCUCCUGUUGAUAAUAGUACUGGUAAAUGA